AGCAUGAACAUUAGUUCGAUUUUGAGAGUCUACUGGCUGCUGGAGCUGCUUGUGGGUUUCGCGUAUGCUGAUCGGGGCACCUUCACUCGGAAUAGCGAUGAUCAGUUCCAGAUGCUGAUUGCCGGCGGUGUUAUACCCGACCAUAGCCAGUAUGUGAAGAAUGUGGUAUCCAUACGCACAUUGCGACAUAUUCAAUAUUAUGGCGAUAAUCAUUUCUGCACCGGCGUAAUCCUUGGCAGUCGCGCAAUUUUAACAGCGGCUCAUUGCGUCACCGAUAGGCACAAGUCAAUUAUGAAUCCACGCGGCUUACUGAUCGUGUUCGGGAACUCCUAUCGCCUGAACAGAUUUAGCCGCGACGACAGCCGGCAUGUGGAUAAAAUUCUGGUGCACCCGAAAUAUCGUCGAUAUGUCAAUUACGAUGUGGCUGUGAUGCGCCUGAUGGAUCGCAUACCCGGCAAUAUGCGGCUUGUACAACCAGUUGUCCGGCGAAGCCACAAUGAUCUUAUUGUGGGCAUGAGAUGUGUCACACUUGGCUGGGGUCAGGUGUAUCCGCAUGGUCCCUAUGCCAAUGAGAUGAUGUUCCUGGAUGUCAUCAUUCGUACAAACGACUUCUGCAAGGACAUGGAUAACUUUGUGCCUGAGGCCAAUAUCUGUUCGGAGCCGUCAGCAGAGGGACAAGUUUGCCCUGGCGAUUUGGGUGCUCCGUUGAUGUGUCGCAAUGACCUGAGUGGUAUCAUUGGUGGCGCACAGAGUUGUGAGGGCGUCACGGCAAUCAAGUUUGUCAACUACUCCUAUGUCGAUGAUUGGGUUGAGGAUACCGUCAAUGCGAUAUCCUGCAGCAACAGCAUUUGGCUUUCACCAUUUUUCUAUGCUCUGCAUAUUCUGACAGCUGUUCAAGCUUUUGGCGCCAAGCAGUGUUGGUAAACGUAAACGUCAAUUAUUAAGCAGAUUAUUAUAGUUGUAAGCAAUGGACAAAUAUUGCAUUAUUUGUGUAACUAUCAAUUAUAGAACGAUGCAUUAUUUAUGUUCCCAAUUUCAUUGUUUCGAUUAA